AUGCCAAGUGAAAGUACUACUAUGCCUUCGGCUAACCAACCUUCGGUCACCUUCGAACAGUUUCUUGUGAACGAUCCUUUGGACACUUACGAGGAUCCUGUGAAGUUUGAAAAGUACAAACCCAACAUCAAUCUGUACCGUGCAGCUCUUGCUAAUGAGGUUGACGAACUGGGAUUCAAAGCAACCCUUCCCAAAGAAGUUGAAGACUUGGUCAAGGAGCAAUUCAAUCCGCUUGAGUGGUUGUACACUUCGGAUACUAUGAGUGAACGGGAAUUGACAAUCACUGACACACCCUCCCGCAAAUUGGUUGAACAAAUGUCAACGGGCCAGCUUCUGGCCGAGGAGGUUUUCAAAGCGUUUGCCCAUCGCGCUGUCAUCUGCCACCAAUUCACAAAUGCAGCUAUGGAAUUGUUCUUGCAAGAGGGGCUCGAACGGGCCCGGUGGUUAGAUAAUCAAUUGAAGGAAACUGGGAAACCAGUUGGGCCGCUUCAUGGUUUACCUAUUUCUUUGAAAGAACAAAUGAACUACCGCAACCACAUCACCCAUGGUGGCUAUGUUAAAAAUAUCACAAACAUUCCGACGGAACAUGGUGUCACGACUAAAGUUUUGGAAGAUUUGGGUGCUGUGUUCUAUGUUCGGACUACCCAACCACAGACCUUGAUGCAUUUGUGCUCUAACAAUAAUAUCACAGGCAUUUCUCGCAAUCCCCACAACUUAUCACUCACUCCGGGUGGAUCAUCAUCUGGUGAAGGCGCAAUCUGUGGUUUUGGCGCUUCUUCCAUCGGCGUUGGUUCUGACAUUGGUGGCUCAAUUCGAGGACCCGCUGCUUUUUCCGGUUGUUUUGGAUUGAGACCUACUACUCGCAGAAUUUCCACCUUGGGUGGUAUAUCUUCAAACGCAGGUCAAGAGCUGGUACCUGCGGUGGUCGGCCCUUUGGCGAGAUCCGUCGAUGAUAUUGACUUAUGGAUGGAUGCGUACAUUAAUCAUGGCACAGCUGCAGAAAAAGAUGCUUGGGUAUUACCAAUGCCUUGGCGAAAGCUUGAAGCACCUGAACCUCAAACUAUUACUGUGGCUGUUAUGUAUGAUGAUGGACUCGUCAAACCAACUCCCCCUAUUAAGCGCGGUUUAGAGUACACUACUGAAAAGUUGAAAGCAGCUGGUGUGCGGGUAAUCGAAUUCAACCCCAUCAACACCAAGUUAGCCUACGAAACCAUCAACAACAUGUACACAUGUGAUGGGAAUUGGAUGAAUAGACAAUUGUUAGGAGAGUCCGGUGAGCCGUUAUGCAAAUUGACUAAGUGGUCUUUGAAUUAUGGUAAAGGGUCGUACGAGUAUCCUGCUCAUGAAAAUCGACAACUUAAUUUCAUUCGUGAUGACUUGAGAAAUCAGUACAAUCUGUGGAUGGUGGAGAACAAAGUCGAUUUCAUUCUUGCUCCAGUUUUCGGGAAUGUCGCUCCAAAGCCGGAAACGGCGUACAACUGGUCAUAUACCACUUUGUUCAACAUUUUGGACAUGCCUUCCUUGACCAUACAAACUGGACUCUUCCAAGAUCCUGAAAGGGAUAGGUGGGACAACGCGUUGUCGUCCUACCAAUACAGAUCACCUCUUGAACAACUUGAAUUGGAGCAAUAUGAUCCUGAACAGUUCAAAGGAGCCCCGAUCGCCUUUCAAAUUGGUGGUAGAAGAUAUCAUGAUGAAGAAGUUGUUGCCGCAGGAAAAACCAUCGUUAAAAUUUUAGGUGUGGAUUUGUAUAAGCACUAG